AUGGCGAAGACAUCUGUAGUUCAAGACUACAAACAUCCACAACCUGGAACAACAUCCACUUUCACUGUCGAUGAGAAGAUUCGGAGGGAGAUCUGGAACAAUGGAAUCAAAAAGCCAAAGGGAUACACCGUAUCUUACCAUGCCAACCCUGAAAUGGAACAGAUGCAUUUUGGGCAGAAGCACCCGAUGAAGCCAUGGCGACUGACCUUGACAAACAAGAUUGUCAUGGCUUAUGGCAUGCAUGAAGCAAUGGACAUCUACAUACCUAGGGCGGCUUCAAGCCAAGAAUUGAAAGAUUUUCACCGCGGAGAUUACAUUGACUUCUUGCAAAGAGUCACUCCGUCAGACAACACAUGGGAUCCCGACAGCCAGACAUAUGCUUAUAAUACCGGUGACGACUGCCCGAUCUUCGACGGUCUCUACAACUACUGCUCGCUUUAUGCAGGAGCCUCUCUUGAUGCAGCCCGCAAGCUCACAAACCACCAGUCCAACAUUGCGAUCAACUGGUCAGGAGGGCUGCACCAUGCCAAGAAGAAUGAAGCUUCUGGAUUUUGCUACAUCAACGACAUUGUCCUCGCUAUCCUUCAGCUACUUCUUCAUCACCCUCGAGUCCUCUACAUCGACAUCGAUGUCCACCAUGGCGAUGGCGUCGAACAAGCCUUCUGGUCCACAGACCGCGUCAUGACACUAUCAUUCCAUAAGUACAACAGAGCCGAGUUCUUCCCCGGUACCGGUGCCCUAGACGACACUGGCCCUAUCAACAAUGCGAGUGCUGGCGCCCACCAUUCCCUCAACGUGCCCCUUCAUGAUGGCAUCGAGGAUGCGCAAUAUAUCAAACUUUUCGAAGACGUAGUGAAGCCUUGUGUGCGCCAGUACAAGCCUACAGCGAUUGUCCUUCAAUGUGGCGCCGACUCACUCGGUGGAGACCGACUUGGCUGCUUCAACGUCAACAUCAAGGCACAUGGUGCAUGUGUAGCUUUCGUCAAAAAAUUCAAUUUGCCUCUGCUUGUACUUGGCGGCGGAGGGUACACACCACGGAAUGUGGCCAAAGCAUGGGCUUAUGAGACUAGCUUGUGCAUUGGUGCGGAGGUGCAUCCGAAUCUUCCGGCUCACACUCCAUUCUUAGAACACUUCGGCAACGAGAAGACCCUUUUUCCCAAAUUAGACUUCACGCGGUACGAGAACAAGAACAGCAGGGUGUACUUGGAAAGCGUAGUGAUGGGGAUAAUGGAACAAUUACGGUACCUUCAGGGAGCGCCGAGUGUACAGAUGCAGCACAUACCGCCAGAUUUGGGCGGGUUGAGGGACGAAUUGGAAAGGGAAGUCUUUGAAGAGAUGGAAGAGAGGGAGCGGUCUAGACGAAAGAAAGAAAGAAGAGGAUGA